UUGCCACUCGUUGCGCGUCCUUAUAAUUUGGAGAGGUGUAUGCAGCGCACGGCCCGUUCGCCUUUCCAGGUGGAAAUCCAGGAGGAGCUGAGAGCGAUUUUUAACUGGGACGACUGCUGAACCCAGUUCAGGACAGGUGAAAUUCCCAGUAGGCAACGUUUAAGGCCACAGAAUCGAUCCAAAUAGGAAAAAAAAAAACACCGUGUCCGUUCGGGUCAUGGAUGAAGGCCAGCGCUUGAACCGAGGAGUUUAUUGCACAACCAGCUGAGUUGUUGUCACCCAUCAGGACUUCCAGGAAUAUUUGCGCUUUUUUUUUUGGAUUCGGCGCGUUUGAGUAAACACCAAGUCUGUUACUUUGAUCAAAAUGGCAAUGAAUACGGAGGAAAGCCACGAGGAACAGGUCCAACAACUAGUCUGAAUGACCACCUUUACACGCAAGUGAACGCACCGUGAAAAAGAGCUGAAAUGAAGGAGAAAUCCAAAACGGCCGCAAGGACUAGACGGGAAAAGGAGAACAGCGAAUUUUACGAACUGGCCAAAAUGCUGCCUUUACCGUCGGCCAUCACCUCCCAGCUGGACAAAGCGUCCAUUAUAAGACUGACAACAAGUUACCUGAAGAUGAGGAUUGUUUUUCCUCAGGGUCUUGGUGAGGCUUGGGGUCACACAAGUCGAACCAGAUCUUUGGACAAUAUUGGCCGGGAGCUGGGAUCUCAUCUCCUGCAGACGCUGGACGGAUUCAUCUUUGUCGUGGCGCCAGAUGGGAAGAUAAUGUACAUUUCAGAGACGGCGUCGGUCCACUUGGGACUGUCUCAGGUAGAGUUGACCGGGAACAGUAUUUAUGAAUAUAUCCAUCCCGCCGAUCACGAUGAGAUGACAGCUGUGCUGACGCCACAUCAGCCUUUUCACUCACAUUUUGUUCAAGAGUACGAAAUGGAGCGUUCUUUCUUUUUGAGAAUGAAAUGCGUGCUGGCGAAAAGAAAUGCAGGACUCACCAGUGGCGGAUACAAGGUGAUUCACUGUAGUGGCUACCUGAAGAUCCGUCAGUACAGUCUGGACAUGUCACCUUUUGAGGGAUGUUUCCAGAACGUGGGACUGGUGGCUGUGGGUCACUCUCUUCCCCCGAGCGCUGUGACCGAGAUCAAACUGCACAGCAACAUGUUCAUGUUCAGAGCCAGUCUGGACAUGAAGCUCAUCUUCCUGGACUCUAGGGUAGCUGAGCUGACAGGUUAUGAGCCCCAGGACCUCAUAGAGAAAACAUUGUACCAUCAUGUCCACGGCUGUGAUAUCUUCCACCUCCGCUGUGCGCACCACCUCUUGCUGGUAAAAGGCCAAGUCACUACUAAGUAUUACCGUUUUCUAGCCAAGCAUGGUGGCUGGGUCUGGGUCCAGAGUUAUGCCACCAUUGUCCACAACAGCCGAUCUUCAAGACCUCACUGUAUCGUCAGUGUCAACUAUGUCCUCACGGAGACUGAAUAUAAGGGAAUGCAGCUGUCCUUGGACCAAAUGAGCCCCACAAAGCCCGCCUUUCCCUAUGCUGACAGUCACAGUGAAGACAAGAAGAGCACCAAGUCACGUCUGACUCAGUCUAAGGUCAAAGCUAGAGUGUCACCGUAUCCACAGCAAUUUUCGGCUUUCAAUCCAGAGCGUUCAGAAUCGGACCAAGACAGCCAAUGGGGAGGGAGCCCACUGACAGACUCUGCCUCUCCUCAGCUGUUGGAUACCAGUGAGGCUGCAGAGGCAUCUUGUGCAUAUAGAUUGUAUCCAGACUCAGGCUCCCUAUGCUAUGGGCUGGGUUUAUUAGAAGACGAUCUUGCCCAUGCCCAAACUCAUCCUCACGCCACCACCUGUGACCGUGUUCGGUGCCAGAGUGGCCGCUACUUCCUGGGAGCCCCUCAGUCGGGAAGAGAGAUGUGGUGGGACACAACACGCUCUGUGCUGUCACUUCCAAAAUUCUCAGUGGAGAACAGCGAUGGCUAUGAAAUCACACCCUACCAUGGCGCCAUACACGGAAGGGGACACUGGGAUGAAGACAGUGUGGUGAGUUCGCCUGACGGAGGUGGCUCCCCUAGCGAUUCAGGUGAGCGCUACCAUGGUGAUCAAUUCCAAGCAAGUCCUCGAGAGCCCAGCAAGAUGGAGACCCUAAUCCGUGCAACGCAACAAAUGAUCAAAGAGGAAGAGAGUCGCCUACAGCAACACAAGGCCAUCCUGGAUGUCUCUGGCCUCACCAAAACUCACAGUCCGUGUUUCACCUCCUCCCUACCCCAUCACUCUCAACUCACCAUGCCCAGCGUGGUGUGCCGCGGCCCAGGGGCCUCAAGCCUUGACCUCUCCUCUGAACGCCUCCAUCACCAGGAUGUCAAAGUUCUCGGCCCCCAUGACAAUGACGAAAACACAACCAGCCCUGCUUCUUUAUCUCGUCUAAGUAGCCCAAGCUCUGACGGGCUCUCUAGGUCAGGGCGCCCACUCACCAAAGACUACAUGCAGACAGAUCUAUCCCCCCACCCUCCACAGGCCCAGGGAAGCCCCCUAAUCUAUCAAGCCCAGGAGCGGCAGCCACUAGAUAGGCAGGCUGCGUAUGCCUUGGCAGGAUACUCCAUGGAACAUUUGUAUGACCCGGAGAACUUGCGGACUUACUCUGGCCUGGCAUGUGGAGGAGUGCAGUAUGACAUGGCAUCUCACAUGAGAAUGCAAGCUGAGCAGAUACAGGGACACAAGGCCACGUCAGUGAUCAUAACCAACGGCAGCUGACGAUAUCUGGUACAGAUAGGUCCGGCUGUCUAAAUGUGGAUGUUGGAGUUGGUUUUGAGGUCUGUGUGAGCAUCGUUGACCAGGUGCUUGAUGCAAAAGGCAAGACAUUGAGAAAAGGAUACAUGGCACUUGCAUCGGACUGAUGUUCCCUUUGUCAUUCGUUCAACACUACUUGUAUAUUUCUGGUCUUUGCAUUGUCCCAUUCUCUUUUCUUUGACAUCUGAGGAAGAUUUUUCCGUGAUUCAGAGCAACUAAUGUUUAGGAACUAACAUUUGAAAUCCCACCGAACACUGGGAGGAGGGUAGGUCUAUUACAUAGGAAACAUUGUGUUAUUUUAAAGGUUGUGAACUGGAUUACCUUCCCACCGAAUGCUGGUUAAACAUUAAACAAGUGUUUCUGUCCCACUCCUCUCAUGCACCACUGGCCAUGUGAGUUAAUCUGUCUUGGAUGCGAUUUCCAAAUACAGUAAGGGAAUGGGUUUUUCCAUUGCGCUUUUACUUGCAAACGUCAUUGCACAGAACAUUAUGUUUAGAACAUAAAGUGCAACAUUGGAAAGCUGGAGAGAAAAAGUGUUUCACUAUUGUAAGAUGUCAAUGUUUCCUAGUAUUUAUUUGUCAGUGGGAUGUUUUCUGUAUGUCAUUUUUCUGUCAAAGUAGAAAAUCUUACUGGUGACAUUAAAUUAUUUUG